AUGUACGGCAGCCAGCUAAGCCAUUCGCCCGACUCGUCGUCUUCCUCCGUAGACGAGGCAGACAACACGGCCGACGAAGAAGACUCGGAAGACUACUGCAAGGGCGGCUAUCACCCUGUCCAGGUCGGCGAAGAAUACAAGGAUGGCAAGUACACGAUUGUGCGCAAACUAGGUUGGGGCCACUUCUCUACCGUCUGGCUCUCGCGCGACAACACCAACGGCAAGCAUGUCGCCCUCAAAGUCGUCCGCUCGGCCGCCCACUACACCGAGACCGCCCUCGACGAAAUCAAGCUGCUCAAAAAGGUCGUCGAGGCCAACGUCAACCACCCCGGCCGUAAACACGUCGUCAGCCUGCUCGACUCCUUCAAUCACAAAGGGCCCAAUGGCGUCCACGUCUGCAUGGUCUUUGAAGUUCUGGGUGAGAACCUGCUGGGGCUCAUCAAGCGCUGGAACCACCGGGGCAUCCCGAUGCCGCUGGUCAAGCAAAUCACAAAGCAGGUCCUCUUGGGCCUCGACUACCUCCACCGCGAAUGCGGCAUCAUCCACACCGACCUGAAGCCCGAAAACGUCCUCAUCGAGAUUGGCGACGUCGAGCAGAUUGUCAAGACCCAUGUCAAGGAUGAGCCCAAGAAAAAGGACAGUGACGACAGCGGUCGCAACGGCAGGCGGAGACGGAGGACCCUCAUCACAGGCAGCCAGCCGCUUCCGAGCCCGCUCAAUGCCAGCUUCAACCACGCAGACAUCAACAGCUUCCCAGGUAUGGGAAGCACCUCGAGUCUCAACAAGAUUGUCAAUCAAGGCACAGGUAAAGAUUCCCCCACGAGUACUCCGACUCCCACCACUUCUCAAGACGGCCUUGUAAUGAGUGGUGCUCUAGCAACUUCCUCCUCGGCAUCCUCCUCCAACCCCGCCUCGAACCUCUCCAUGGCAGAACGGCUUGGCUUGAAAGCCAAUGCAAGCGAAGACGACGUGCAGAAACAGCGGGAAAAGACGGCCGACCUCCUCACAAAAGAAGUAUCAGGCAUCAACCUGGACCAACCCACGAGUGCACCUGCCAAAUCAGAACUCGAAGAAUCGACAGACAAGGCGUUUGAGACGAUAUCCGUCAAGAUUGCGGAUCUCGGUAAUGCAUGCUGGGUCGGCCAUCACUUCACAAACGACAUUCAAACACGGCAGUAUAGGUCGCCAGAAGUCAUACUGGGCAGCAAAUGGGGUGCCAGUACCGAUGUCUGGAGUAUGGCUGCGAUGACCUUUGAACUCAUCACAGGCGAUUACCUCUUCGAUCCCCAAUCCGGCACCAAAUACGGCAAAGACGAUGACCACAUUGCACAAAUCAUCGAACUCCUCGGCACCUUUCCGAAAUCCCUCUGCCUAUCCGGAAAAUGGAGCCAAGAAAUCUUCAACCGCAAGGGCGAACUGCGCAACAUUCACCGCUUGCGACACUGGGCGCUCCCCGAUGUCCUGCACGAAAAAUACCACUUUCCGGCCGAAGAGAGCAAAAAGGUGGCAGACUUUUUGCUUCCCAUGCUGGAGUUGCUUCCUGUCGACCGGGCGAAUGCAGGGGGCAUGGCGGGACAUGAAUGGUUGAAGGAUACCAAGGGUAUGGAGAAUGUGGAUUUGGGCAUUCCGGUGGGGAGUAAAGGCGAGGGAAUCGAGGGCUGGGCUACCGAGGUGAAGAAGACGAGGUAG